GCGGCGUACGUGUGCGGCACGAGUUUCUGGAACACUUGAAUUUUUAAAUUUGAUCCUUGUCUUAUUGGAAUUAGUCCGGUUAUUAUAUAGGCCUGAUCAGAGACCGAGUGAUUGGACUUUAAUUUUAUUUAAUGGCAGGUAUUUUAAUUAAACACUGGAGGAAAUCUCUUUUCCUUCCAUCAACAUGCUGUAGGUGUUUAUACAGUAAAACAGGCAUUUGGGAGAAAAAAUUUACUAUUGAACAACGCCAAGAAGUUGAGGAUUACUGGAAACAGGAAUUGAUCAAGCAUAAUGAAAGAAGCAGACUUUCACAGAGUAAUAAGAAAGAGAAGUUCUAUGUUUUAUCUAUGUUUCCCUACCCAUCGGGAAGACUUCAUAUGGGCCAUGUUCGUGUCUACACUAUCAGUGACACUGUAGCCCACUUCCAACGUAUGAAUAAUAAACAAGUACUUCACCCAAUGGGAUGGGAUGCAUUUGGGUUACCAGCAGAGAAUGCUGCGAUAGAAAGAAAGCUACCACCAGAAGAUUGGACAUACAGCAAUAUAGAUUAUAUGAGGAAACAACUGCAAGAUCUGAGCAUGUGUUUUGAUUGGGAUAGGGAAAUAUUCACUUGUCGAGAAGAUUAUUACAAAUGGACACAGUACAUAUUUUUGCAAUUUUAUGAAUCAGGACUUGCAUAUCAGAAGUUAGGAUGGGUUAAUUGGGAUCCUAUUGACCAAACAGUAUUAGCCAAUGAACAGAUCAAUAACAAUAUUUUAGAUGAAUUGUCCAUCUACACGGAUGUUCCAGAGUUAAUAUUUGGAGCAUCGCAUAUUAUAUUAUCACCACAACACAUCAUAUUACAUCGUUUACAAAAUAAACUGUCUACAAGUAAAGAACAGUUAGAAAGUCUUAAUGAAACAAAAGUUUUAAAACUUGACCUUGCUGCAACGCAUCCAUUCACCAAGAAAAGUCUACCAGUGUUUGUUGCCAAUGACAACAGGUUCACAGAACAUUAUGAUGCAUUGAUUGGAAUUCCAUCUGGUUGUCAAGACGACAUGGAUUUUGCUUUAACUCAUGAUUUAAAAAUAGUAGACAUUUUUACAGCAGAAGAAACUGAUGAUGGCAUAAUUCUAAAUUCUGAUCAAUUCAGUGGUAUGACUCGAACAGCUGCAAAAGAUGCCAUUACAAAAUAUGCCAGAGAACAUGACAUAGGCGGUCACAUGACUAGCCCCAGGCAAUUUGAUUGGUUCAUAUCAAGACAGCGAUACUGGGGUACACCAAUACCUAUAAUUCACUGUCCCAAGUGUAAGAAAGAUGCAUACAAGAAAAUGCGUGGUACUGAAGCGAAUAAGGUUAGGUAUAAGAGAUUGAAGAAACAAGCAAAGAAAGUGGUGGCAAAGGCCAUGAGGGGGGAAAAUGAGAAGGUGCUGAGUGAGCUUAAGGAGAAUCCAAACAAAGUAGUGAAGGCAAUGAAAGGGGAUGGAAGAGAUGUUACAGGGGGAAGAUGUAUGAGAGGAAGCGAUGGCAAGUUGAAUUUCAGUGAGAGAGAUAGAAGUAAAGUCUGGAAAGAACAUAUGGAAAAAAUCAUGAAUGAGGAGAAUGAGUGGGAUCAGGAUGUGGAGGCUGAUCUGGUGGAAGGGCCAGUUGAAAGAGUGAGUCGAGAAGAAGUAGUGAAGGCAAUCAGAGACAUGAAAACUGGAAAGGCUGCUGAACCCUCGGAAUGGUCCAAGGAAAAGGGAAAGGCCAAAGAAGACGUGGAAGAUGCAAGUGGAGGAGGAGAGUGGGAAGGUUGGGAUGAGGAUGAGGGAUGCUUUAAAUCGUGCAAAGUGGAGGGAGGGGCAAUAAUGCACCUGUUGUACGCUAGAUUCAUCGCUCACUUCCUCCAUCAUAAAGGACUUACACGAGACAGAGAGCCUUUCAAGAGAUUACUUGUACAAGGUUUAGUUAUGGGACAAACAUACAAAGUAGAAAGUACUGGACAGUAUCUGAGCAAAGAUCAGGUUCAAUUCACAGGCAACACAGCAGUACAGAAAGAUACUGGGCUUUCAGUUGAGACUAAGUGGGAGAAGAUGAGCAAGUCUAAACAUAAUGGUGUGGAUCCUGAAGACAUCAUCAAUCAAUAUGGAAUAGAUACUGUUAGACUAUUUAUGUUGAGUGGAAUACCACCAGAACAUAAUAUGUUGUGGAAUACUGAAGCUAUUGUAGGCAUUGUACGUUGGAAGAAUAAACUGUGGGACUUAGUGAGUCACUUUCUUCAAGUCAAACAUGAAUCGCCACUGAAACCAACCAAUAACCACAACAAAGAUGAGAUGAGACUCCGUAAAGAGAGACACGUAGCAAUUGAAGAGGUGACAAGAAUGUGCAAGGAUGAGUAUAUGUUUAGUGUAUCGAUCUCUAGACUCAUUAAACUCACUAAUAUAUUAAGGAAAGUGCCUGAUAGUAUUGUACAAAAUAGUAAAGAAUUUGAGAAAACUCUGUGUGAUAUGUGCAUAAUGUUAGCACCCAUGGCACCACAUAUUGCUUUGGAAUUAUGGGAAGGAAUUACCAGUGUAGAGCAGUAUCAAUGCCAGCAUUACGACAGGACCAAGAAUGUAUUAGAGCAAACCUGGCCAGAAUUGGAGAAGUUGGAAGAUGAAACACCCAAACCUGAUGACCUAGUUACUAUGACAGUGAAAAUAAACAAUGAAUUUAAAGGUCAUGUGUCAUUACCAUAUAAGGUAGCCGUAGACAAAGACGAAGCUGCACAGUUUGUGAUUGACAGUGAUAUUGGAAAGGAGUUUUUACAUGAAAAGCUGAUAACAAGAACAUUACUAGCAAAGAAAGGUUAUCUCAUUGGAUUUUUAGUCAAAUAAAACUGAAUGUUUCGUGUUAUGUUAUGAGGUUAUUUUUAACCUGUACAAAUGUAUAUAUAUAG